AUGGCUUUGGAAGGAAACCUUGUGCUUCUCACACAGCUUGCUGUUGCCAUAUUAUCCCUCAGUUUGUUGGGUACUUUGGCAAUAUCCCAGGCCACAUCCCGCUCAUCUUAUGGAGUCAAUUCCACCAACAUUGCCCAAACCUUUGAGCAAUGGAUGGCAAAGUACGGCCGCAUUUACCCUAUCGGCCAGGAGAAGGGAAAACGUUCUGCCAUAUUCCGGACCAAUUUGGAGUAUGUUGAGAGCUUCAACAAACAAGAGAGUAAGACUUACAAGUUAGGCCUGAAUCAAUUUUCUGAUAUGAACAAUGCAGAAUAUUGCCGACAUCAUACCGGAUACAAAAGAAUGCCCACCUCCUCAACCUCUUUUAGGUACCAAAACAUGUCCGCUGAUGAUGUCCCCAAUAGCAUUGAUUGGAGGAAACAAGGAGCUGUCACCCCUGUAAAGUAUCAAGCAGGCUGUGGUUGUUGUUGGGCUUUCUCAGCGGUGGCAGCUGUGGAAGGGAUUACCAAAAUAAGAACUGGCCAAUUGAUCCCGCUAUCCGAGCAACAACUUGUGGACUGCAAUAGAGAUAUGUACAACAUUGGUUGUGAGGGUGGUAAUAUGGUAGAUGCCUUCCGGUACAUCAAAACAAAUGGUGGAAUCACCAGCGAAGAUAAUUACCAAUACACUGCUAGGGACGGAGCGUGUUACAGUAAUAAAGAAAAACACCAUGAUGCCACAAUAACUGGUUUUGAACAAGUGCCUCGAGGGGAAAUGCAUUUGCUCAAGGCUGUUUCCAUGCAACCAGUCUCGGUUCACAUUGAUGCCCAUGGAAAAGACACUACUCGAGUGGGGUAUUUUCGGGAGAUUGUGGAGUACGCUAUUGUAGUCAUCGGGUAUGGAAAAACUGAAGACGACAUUGACUAG